AUGGCGGCGGCCCGCUGCGCGCUUUCUCUCGCCUUGAUCCUGUGCUACUUCGCCAGCGGCGCCGUCUCCGAGCCGACGCGGGAUAAGGCUGCACUGCUGGCCUUCCUGAACCAGACGCCGCACGAGAGCAGGAUCCAAUGGAACUCGUCGUCCUCCGCCUGCGACUGGCGGGGGAUCUCCUGCAACGUCAACCGCACCCAGGUCACUGGCCUGCGGCUCCCCGGCACGGGGCUCAUCGGCCGCAUCCCCCCCAACACCAUCUCUCAGAUUUCUGGCCUUCGAGUGAUCUCCCUGCGAGCUAAUCGCCUCUCCGGACCGAUUCCGGCGGAUUUCGGCAACCUCACCGCCCUCCGCGCGCUGUACGUCCAGGGGAACGUCUUCUCCGGCGAGCUCCCCGCAGGGAUGGCCAGGCUCGCCGGCCUCGUCCGCCUGGAUCUGUCGGGGAACAACCUCACCGGCGAGAUACCAUCCUUCCUGAACGAGCUCAGGAACCUCACGGGGCUGUUUCUGCAAGGCAACAGCUUCUCCGGCGAACUUCCGUCCAUCGACCUACCCGGGCUGACGGGGUUCAACGUGUCGAACAACAAGCUCAAUGGGUCCAUCCCCGCGGCCCUGGGGAGGUUCCCCCCGUCCUCCUUCGCGGGCAACCUCGGCCUCUGCGGCCGCCCGCUCCCACCCUGCAGCCCUACUUCUCCUGCUCCUGCUCCUGCUCCUGCGCCACAGGCGACGGGGGAAGGGGGGGAGAGCAGGCCGAAGAAGAAGAAGGAGAUCUCGAAGGCGGCAAUAAUCGCCAUCGCCGUCGUGUGCGGCAGCCUUCUGCUGCUGAUGCUACUGCUCCUCCUCCUCCUGGUCCUCAGGGUCUUCCGGCGGAGGCGCCACCAGAGCGCCGCCAAAACAGUGAAAACCACCGGGGUGGCGCCGGCGAGCUCCGCGGCGGCGGUGGGGGAGAGGGGGGCUUCCUCGUCGAAGGAGGAGGAGGCGGGGGGGCGACCUGCGGGGGAGGAGCCGAACAAGCUGGUCGUGCUGGAGAAGGGGAUCUACAGCUUCGACCUGGAGGACCUGCUGAGAGCGUCGGCUGAGGUGCUGGGGAAAGGCAGCGCGGGGACGUCGUACAAGGCCGUGCUGGAGGACGGGACGACGGUGGUGGUGAAGCGCCUCCGGGAGGUGGCGGCGCCGAAGAGGGACUUCGAGGCCCACAUGGAGGCCCUCGGCCGGAUCAACCACGACCACGUCGUCCCCUUCCGCGCCUUCUACUUCUCGAAGGACGAGAAGCUCCUCCUCUCCGACUACCUCCCUGCCGGCAGCCUCUCUUCCCUCCUCCACGGUGACUUCUCUCUCUCUCUCUCCAGGUCACAUCACAUUAAUUCUUUUCAUUUUCUUUCUAUUAAGUAAUUAGUCUCCCGCCGCCCUCGAUGGGUCGUUGUGUGAGUGGGGCCCAGAUGGGUCAGCACCGACUUGACUAGGAAGACGUCGUUUCUGAUGAGCCGCUGUGGGACCCACGCCAAGCUGUCUUCCUGUUUGACGAAAAAUUCUUUUUUUUUUCCCGCAGGAAGCAGAGGGUCCCCGCUGGACUGGGACAACCGGCUGCGAAUCGCCUUAGCCGCCGGGCAGGGCCUCGCGCACCUCCACAGCGCCGUCAAGCUCGUCCACGGCAACGUCAAGGCCUCCAACGUGCUCCUCCUCCCCGACCCGCUCGUAGCCGCCGUCUCCGACUUCGGACUCUCCUCUCUGCUCGGCUUCUCCGCCCCGCCGAGCCGCUUCGCCGGCUACCGCGCGCCGGAAGUGGUGGAAACGUGGAAGCCCACCUUCAAGUCCGACGUCUAUAGCUUCGGCGUGAUCCUGCUGGAGCUGCUCACCGGCAAGGCCCCCAGCAAUGUGCCGGCGGGGGAGGAGGCCACCGAUCUCCCGCGGUGGGUGCAGUCGAUGGUGCGGGAGGAGUGGACGGGAGAGGUCUUCGACGCGGAGCUGGUGAGAUACGGCAACACCGAGGAGGAGAUGGUGCAGGUGCUUCAGAUUGCCCUGGCCUGCGUCGCCAUCGUGCCGGAUGCGCGGCCGGCGAUGGAGGAGGUGGUCGGGAUGCUGCAGGACGUCGUCCGCUCAAAAGGGAGCUCCUCCGGCGGCCCCACCCCUCCCGCCGCCGCCACCCCGUGA